AGGAUGGUCGGUGGGUGAUUGGACUGCGCGUUAACAUACAACGGCUUGCUGUUUGCUUUAUGGUAUGGGAAGUAUUUUCCGGAAGGAUUAAUUGCAUCUGACUAAGACACUGUGUAAUGGCUUUUUGCGGAGAGUAGCGGAGUGCGCGCUAGCGCACGGAGCGUAGCGAAGCCCAUUUCCUCAUUAAAUAAGCCAAAUAUAAGUGAAAAGAAAGCACGGUGGAGAGUAUAUAAGAUUUCUAUACGAUUUCGUCCCUAUACAUCAAAUUUAUAAAAAAUUCUGCCAUUUUAUCAGUGUUGCCCAGUAAUUUUAUCUGGUCAUUUGUUGGUAAAUUUUCGUAAAUAUCUGAUUGAGCGAGACAACGUGUUUUUAGCACGGCGAUGGAGUUUUUGUUGUGUUUUAAAGAUGGUGCUAAACGUAGUCAGCCAGCUAGAAGCGAAAUGAUGAGAUUUUUCAAGAAAGAAGUGGAGGUUAUGAUCACUGUUUUUUAAAGAGAUGAAGUAGAAGAAGAGGAAGAAGUGACUGACGUCGGUCGUCCACGACAGGCGUGAAGCUACAACUUCAAAAGUUAACAUAAGUAACAUAUGUGAAAUAUUUAAAAAUGGAAAGUGAGCUGGUAAAUGAGUUAAAGCAGAGAAUUGAUACCCUGGAGGGGAAAAUUGAGGCUUUAGAGGAGAAAGUUAAAGAGUUAUCAGCAGAGAAAUUGGAUUUGUCGUGGGACGCCUUCCGGGACUUUUGUUCCCAAAAUAAGACUUUAGGAGCUUUUAUAAGCUCCCAAAAUUACAAAUCCUGGAAGGCGUCUGGUGGCUCACGCACCUUUACACAGGAGGAUGAUAUGCGAGAGCGGGCGAAGUUGAAGAGGAAGAAUGGUGGAAGAGGGAGAGGAGAAGGAUAUAGGUGGUAAAAAAAAAAUGCAAAAACUUGCUGUUCUUAAUUCAUUCCUCUCAACCCAUCCCCAGACUUUUCUUCUUUUAAAAAUUUUCUUUUGCACAACAGUAUGCGCUUUUAAUAUUUUGACGUAGUAUAUAGUUAUUUAGACAUAUAUAGUUAUAUAGACAGUCAGCAAGCAUAACU